CUGCGUAAUUCCUUGUGUAAACCUACUGGGGAAAACAGGAUAUUUUUUUUUUCAUGACCACAGGUGAUUCCAUUUAAAUUGGCUGCUGUGUGAAUAUACAAGUGACAAGACAAUUUGACCUAAUGGUUAAUACUGAUUAAGUUAUCUCAGGCAUCCAGAUCAUAUCAGGAUAAUGGCUUUUACUGUAUUUCUCAUAGCUCUGCUUGCCAAUCUUUGUUUGCUUGCAGCGUCCAGCCGAGACCUGGAAGGGCGUACAGCACAUCAAGAAGAACUGAAGAUAAUCAAAGACAAGCACCCAAUCUAUAAUAACCCCCGAAACAUGGACCACUCAGCAUUGUGGAUCAAGACUACAGAAAGUACUGUGGUGGCCCAAAAUUUGGCAGAGGAUUUACCAAAGCAUGUGGCAUCUUUCCUUUACAGAGGAGAUUCUAAUGAACUGAGGCAAGCUAACUGCUCUAAGAGAUAUGAGUUAACCAGUUUAUCUGGGAUCUCCCCCAUUUCCUUGCAUCCCUCUUUGCAAACCUCAGUGGAUUUACUAAUUCAUGCAACUAACUUUUUAAACAUGAUGUUGCAAAGCAAUAAAUCGAGAGAGCACAACUUGCAAAGAGAUAUGGAGUGGUAUUAUGCAUUGAUAAGAAGUAUACUGGAAGGAGAACCAAGUAUACUGAGAUCUGCUAUUACUUAUAAUGUGGAUGUCUUGUCUAAUAUCCCUCAGGUUUUUCUCCAAGCCACAAGAGAUGAAAACAAAAUAAUUCUGCAAGAUUUAUCAUCAUCAUCCUAUCACUUGGCAAACACAACACAGGAAAAUGAAUGGUUUAACAUAUUCAAACACAAGUGGAGGCCACAUCACCAUAAGAGAUUUUCAAAUGGUGCUAAAACUUUUGAUGACAACUUAAAGAAAGGCAGCAGCUUUAUAGCAGACAGAAAGCAUAUUAAAUGGUCCUCGCCCUAUCUAGAAUGUGACCAUGGGAAGUAUAAACCAUACUGGAGUAUUACUCUGUCAUCUGCAUUUUAUGGUCUUAAACAAAAUCUUAUGCGAGAAUUCAGGGGAGUACUUAAAGUGGAUAUAAACCUGCAGAAAUUUGACAUUGACCAAUGCGCAAAUGAUGGAUGGUUUUCUGGAACUCAUCGAUGCCAACACAAUAGUUCAAAGUGUAUACCAAUUAAGGAUCAUGGAUUUGUUCUCGGAGCCUAUAAAUGCAUUUGCAAGCCUGGAUUUUUUCAUCCUGACAUCUUUACAGUGAACGGCUUUCAAAGACAGAAAAUGGAUAAUCAUUUUUCAAGAGGAGAAAUAUCUGAGGAAGAAUAUAAGUGUCUACCCUGCAGGGAAGGAUGUUCUCAUUGCACAGACGAUACUCCCUGCUAUGCACAGGAGGACAAAUAUUUACGGAUUGCUAUCAUCUCAUUCCAAGCUUUCUGCAUGCUGCUGGACUUCAUAAGCAUGCUUGUAGUCUACUAUUUUCGCAAGGCAAAGAGUGUUAGAGCUUCAGGACUCAUUUUAUUGGAGACUAUUCUGUUUGGAUCUCUUCUUCUCUACUUCCCAGUUGUUAUUUUAUAUUUUGAACCAAGCACAUUUCGAUGCAUUCUACUAAGAUGGGUUCGUCUUCUGGGAUAUGCAACUGUCUAUGGAACAGUGACACUCAAACUUUACAGGGUUUUAAAAGUGUUCCUCUCACGUACGGCCCAGCGCAUCCCAUACAUGACAAGUUGCAGAGUAAUGCGAAUGCUGUCUGUGAUUCUUCUGUUAGUUCUUUGGUUUCUUAUUUCGUGGACUUCAGCUGUUUGUCAAAAUAUGGAUAGAAACAUUUCACUUAUUGUUCAAGGAGAAACUACAGACCAUCUUCAUUUUAACAUGUGCCUGAUAGAUCGCUGGGAUUAUAUGAUGGCUGUUGCUGAGUUUUUGUUCCUUCUCUGGGGUGUAUAUCUUUGUUUUGCUGUUCGGACUGUUCCAUCUGCAUUUCAUGAACCACGUUACAUGGCUGUCGCAGUUCACAACGAGCUGAUAAUUUCUGCUAUAUUCCAUACUAUAAGAUUCGUCCUUGCAUCAAGACUUCAACCUGACUGGAUGUUGAUGCUAUACUUUGUCCAUACACAUCUGACCGUGACUGUUACUGUUGGAUUACUUCUUAUACCUAAGUUUUCUCAAUCAAAUAACCACCCACGAGAUGACAUAGCAGCUGAAGCGUAUGAAGAUGAACUAGACAUGGGUAGAUCUGGAUCCUACCUCAAUAGCAGUAUUACAUCUGCAUGGAGUGAACAUAGUUUGGACCCUGAAGAUAUCAGAGAUGAACUAAAGAAGCUUUAUACUCAGCUAGAAAUCUACAAAAGAAAAAAAAUGAUUGCAAAUAAUCCCCAUCUUCAGAAAAAGAGAUGCUCUAAAAAAGGAUUAGGACGAUCAAUUAUGAGACGUAUAACUGAGAUUCCAGAAUCUGUCAGUAGGCAAUGUUCUAAAGAAGACAAGGAUAGCAUGGAUCAUAUUAAUCCCAAAAAUAAUGUCGGUAACACGAAAAAGAGUCACCAAGAUUACUCUGCUUCUAAUGUAAAAUCCAAGGAAGCUAUUUCUAUGAAAAAGUCCCAUAGCACAUAUGACCAUUUAAGAGGUCAACAUGAGAAAUCUAAUGGUAUUUCCACAGAUAAGCUGCAUCUAUGUGAAAAUUCAAUAUGCAGUUCUUUAAAUGGUAAAAAGCCAAACAGAAAGGAGCCUGAGGAGCUUGAAGCAGUAUCGAGUGAAUCAGUCCCUUUGGUCUGCAAGUCUGCAAGUGCUCACAAUCUAUGUCUGGAUAAGAAACCCUUGCAUCCAAGUGUGUCUGUCCUACAUAAAUCUCUUAGUGUUAUUGGCAACUCUACAGAUAAUAGUUUAGGUCAAACAGAAAAAACAAAAAGUUUAGAAAAUGGAGAAAAAUGUGAACAAGCAGAUUCUAAGGACAACGAUGCACAUAAAUGCUUUCCAUCUGUAAAAGAUGAAAAUAUGGAGCAGCAUCCAAGAACUUCAAGUCCAAUUGAAGAAAUACAAAAAACUCACAAAUCUGGAAUAAUGAAGCAACAAAUAAUGAGUCUCCCUUUAGGGGACACAGAGAAAACAAUAACUACACCAGGGUUUAGAGAAAAAUUUGACAUAGAAGAAGUAUGUCCAUGGGAAAUGUAUGACCUUACUCCUAGUGCUGUGCCUUCUGAAAAUAAAGUUCAAAAGCAUGUGUCCAUUGCUCCUCUGGAACAAGAAAAGAAUAGUGCAUCUCGUUCAAAGAGUAAAUUACAUAAUAGAGCCAAGUCUAAUGAACAAUCAAAGCAAAAGGGUCAAACCAAACCAGAUUCAAAGGUAAAAGAAACACAAGAAGAGACUGUGAAAGGUGAAAAUACAUUCAAAUAUGACAUAGCUAAUAGUAUGGAUUCAGAAUGGCUCACACAACAAAGUUCAUCUAAAUCACAAGAUAAAGAGCAGAAAAUAAAUGUCCUUGAGACUGAAGGAACUUUAACAUCUCCUGAUCAUCACUGUAAUUCCAACAAUAACUUGCCACAAUCUUUAGCACACCGAGCUGAAGUGUGUCCAUGGGACUUUGAGGUAGAAAAUGCAUUAAGUGUUGAGAAAAAUAAAGUUCUACCUAUAACAUCUGUUACAAGCCCAACAUCUCCCUCUAAAAACACACCAAUAUCUCCAUCAAAAAAGAAAGUCUUAGGAAUGCCAAUGAAAAGUAAUACACAACAUGUAAAAAAAGAUACGGGCACAGAAAAGGGGAAAACAAAAAGCAAAAAUAAAGAGUUAGAAGUGCCCACUAUUAAAAUGGACAAAUCAAAAAGUGCAGAGGUUUGUUCUUCUACAGAUACAACUCUUGGAGUAUCAUCAAACAAAGUGAAAAGUACAUCGAAUGAGCAUGGCAUAGACAAAUGCAAAUUAGCUGAAAUUUGCCCUUGGGAAAGCAUUUCUCAGUCACAGUCAGAACAAGAAACGGAAGCAACAGACAAUACACAUGCAAAAAGGAUGCAAGGAUCAAAUUUGGUGGACAUCUGUCCAUGGGACUAUGAAGAGAAUAGUGAAGGAAAACAAGGAUGA